AUUUUUUUUCAUUUGGACACGCUUUGGUUCUUUUAAAUUUUUGUUCUUUUUUGAUUUUAUUCGAAUUUGUGUGUGUGAUAAAGCAAAGCAUAUAGUAGUACUUUGGUCAUUCAUUCAUUCCUUGCCCCUCCCAUAUUGUUUGUGUUCUUUUCUUUCACUGCUUUUAAUUAAGUAUAUAGGCCCAUUGUUUCCUUCUUUUGAGAUUUUUGAGAUCACUUUUGAUCUUGCUCUAAUCCCGAGCUAGCUUCCCUUCAUUUUUGCUUUUUCAUCUUUCUCUUUUGCCCCAUAUUUUUUAUUCAUCCAUAGGACCAUUUUGUUUCCUCUUUUUGUAUUAUGCUUAUUUUGCAUUUUAACUCUUGUUAGUACAUUUUGUUGUUACACUAGUUGGAUCCUAACUAACUAUUGUUAUGUGUGCUGGUAUGUUUAUUUAGAUGACACAAACUAGCAUUUCUAGAACUGUGUCACUGUUUCAUUCAUUCAAUGCAAUAAGUGAUUGCUUUUACCUACCCAUUACCAAUUUUGCUCUUUAUUGUAUUUUGGAAGGAAGUAAUUAAUUAAAAGGAGGGGUGAAGAAAAGAAAAGAAAAGAAAGAUGUUUACAUGCAUAGCUUGUACGAAAACAGAUGAGAGGGAUGAAGAUGGGCGUGAGAGUGGCACGCCUAGUACUAAAGAAGCCGUCAAAAGCCUCACCACUCAGAUAAAGGACAUGGCACUGAAGUUUUCAGGUGCUUACAAGCAAUGCAAACCUUGCACAGGAGGAUCAAGUAGCUACAACAAGAAAGGACAUAGACCAUAUCCAGACUUUGACACAAUCUCAGAAGGGGUACCAUACCCUUAUAUUGGAGGUGCAAGCUCAAGUUCAACCCCUGCAUGGGACUUCACUAGCUCUAACUACCCUGGUCCAAGAUAUGCCGGAGACCGCACCCCUAGAGGACGCGACUCUGCAUCAGUAUGUGAUGUUGUGUUAGAGGAUGAUGAUGAACCAAAGGAAUGGAUGGCACAGGUUGAACCGGGGGUUCAUAUUACCUUUGUGUCUCUUCCUAAUGGUGGAAAUGAUCUCAAGAGAAUUCGCUUCAGCCGUGAGAUGUUCAAUAAAUGGCAAGCUCAAAAAUGGUGGGGCGAGAAUUAUGACAGAAUCAUGGAACUUUACAAUGUCCAAAGAUUCAAUCGACAAGCUCUCAACACUCCUUCAAGGUCUGAAGCCGAUGAGCAAAGAGAUUCUACUUACUCAAGAUUGACAUCAGCAAUGGAAAGUCCUAUGGCAUCAGUUAAGGAUUGGACACCAAGGAGUCACUACAAACCCUCUGGAGCGUUUGAUCAAGGCGGUGGCAACCACUUUCAAGGAGGUUCAUCUAUGGAACCAUCAAGGGCAACCACCUCAUCUAGGGAUGAACCUUCAAUUAGCAAUGCAAGUGAAAUGGAGUCAGAAUGGGUAGAACAAGAUGAGCCUGGAGUUUACAUUACAAUCAGACAGUUAGCUGACGGUACUAGGGAGCUUAGACGUGUCAGAUUCAGCCGGGAAAGAUUUGGAGAGGUAAAUGCGAAAACAUGGUGGGAAGAUAACAGAGAAAGAAUUCAAGCUCAAUACCUUUGAAGUCUAUUAUCCUAACAAAAAGUGGAUGUCCUAAACUUGUGGAAUCCAAAAUUUUGUUUCUAAAAGAUUGUCGGUAUGACUCCGUAUUAUGAAGCAAUUUAGAUCGCUUAUAGCCAACAUUGUCCCUCAGACAAAAUCUCAGUUGUUGGAUUAAUCUAACUGCCAGAGCAGCCGAAUUAUAGAGCGGAGUACUAUAGAGAAAAGUUGGAGACUUUACACCAUCUGGUGUUAAAUUAACAGUCACAUGAUAGUACAAAUCAGGGAUUUAGUUGUGGUGACCCAUUUUUGUCAAGGAUCAGUUACCAUUGGAUUGAGAAGUCUAAUCUUUUAUUACAUAUCCAUUUUUUUUAUUCUCAUUUUCUUGCUUACCUUGUAUAAGGGAUGUUUUCUGCUGUUACAUUAAUUUAUUACUAAUUUGUUUAUUUUUUUCUCCUAGUGGAA